AUGAAGUUAUUAUCUGAAUCAGCUCGAACAACGCAAACAUUUUUAAAAAUUGCAAAAGAUGAAGAAGAAUUACAAGAAGAAAAUGUUCCAGGACCUAAACCAACAGCACCUUAUGUACCAUAUUCUGCAAAUAUAGUAUCAACAACAUUAACGCAAACGGACGAUAUACAUUCAAACGUAUCGAAGCAUCCAUAUUCUUCACGAACAACUACACCACAUGAAUCUGAAACAACAACAACUAUAUAUUAUGAAGAUGUAUCUGAUGAUGAAGAAAUUAUUAAUCAUGGCAAUGAUCAAGAACCGAUGAAUUUAUCUUCAUUUGAUGAUAUUGAAGAUCAUGUGGAAAUUUAUGCACCAUCUGAAAUUUUAACGUUAAAUGAUGAUAAUAUACAUAGUGAACCAAUGGGAAAUAUAUUAACAAGGGUUCAUAGCUUUUCACUUCCAGAAAUAAUAAAAGUAUAUUUACCUCAUAAACCACGUCAUUCAAAUGAACAUGAAACAUAUCAAGAACAAUUAUUCAAUUAUAAUGAUGAUGAAGGGGUUCAUGCUCGAGAUAAAUCCUCAAAUGAAAUUGAAAGUAUCGCCGACGAUGAUAUAAUACAAAAUACGACAGUAAAUCAACGUCAACAAAAUCGAUAG